AUCAAAAUGUUCAAAUUUGUCAUUGUAUUUGCUGCUUGUUUGGCUUAUGCCAGUGCUGGUGUUUUGGCCCCCACUGCUUUGGCUGCCGCUGCUCCCGCUGUCGCCUAUGCCAAUGCUCCUUUGUAUGCUGCCGGUGGUAGCAGCCAGGUUGAUGUACGUCACAACUACGAUGGAACCUUGUCUUCCUACACCACUACCCCCUUCGCUUAUUCAGGUCCUUACUCUAGCCGUUAUGUAGCUGGUCCAGCUGCUUAUGCUGCCCCUACUACCUUUGCCGCUCCUGCUAAGGUUGUUGCUCAAGCUGCCUAUACUGCUCCUGCCACUUUUGCUGCUCCGGCUAAGUAUGUUACACCCGCUGGUGUUGUAGCUCCCUAUGCUACCCCUUAUGCCACCCCAUACGCUACUCCUUAUGCUGCUCCAUUCGCCGCUCCCUAUGCCAGCUACCCAGCCGGUAUUGCUGCUACAUAUGCUGCCCCAGGUUUUGCCGCUCCCAACCAAGUUGUAGUUUAA